GGAGGGAGUCGGGAGUAAUGCUUCCUUAGGAAAUAAGGAGUGGCUUGGGCUACCUAUGGACCCACAGGGAUUCACCUGUUCUGAGGGAAGGGCGAGAAGGGUGAUCUCUGUCGCUGCAAGCAGCCGCUGCGCUUCAGUGGCCUUGGUGUAGGCACAGCGGCCUAGCAGGCGCGGCUCCCGGAGUGCCUGUACGGUGGAGGCCGGCAGCGCUAGCGGGUGCGCGCUAAGGCCAGUGGAGCGGCUGUCGUCUUCCUACGCCUACCUUGGGCUUUUGAAGCAGUAGGCUGUUGGGUUUUGAUCCUGUCCAGAACAUUUGCAUUUUGCUCUACAAACAUAUAUAAAACCAGUUUUAUUUGACCAUCUAAGAAUAAAAGGUAAUGGAGACUGAACAGCAGGAAGAGACCUUUACCAACACAGAGACAAAUGGCAAACGUCCUGCAGAAGAUAUGGAAGAAGAACAGGCCUUCAAAAGAUCUCGGAAUACAGAUGAGAUGGUUGAAUUACGCAUCCUGCUUCAAAGCAAAAAUGCUGGAGCAGUGAUUGGAAAAGGUGGCAAAAAUAUUAAGGCACUUCGUACAGACUACAAUGCAAGUGUUUCAGUCCCAGACAGCAGUGGCCCUGAGCGCAUCUUGAGUAUAAGUGCAGAUACAGAAACAAUUGGAGAAAUCUUGAAGAAGAUUAUCCCUACUUUAGAAGAGUAUCAACACUACAAAGGUAGUGACUUUGACUGUGAAUUAAGACUUCUAAUUCACCAAAGUCUGGCAGGAGGAAUCAUUGGUGUCAAGGGUGCUAAAAUCAAAGAACUCAGAGAGAAUACUCAGACCACCAUUAAGCUCUUCCAAGAGUGUUGUCCUCAUUCCACUGAUAGAGUGGUGCUUAUUGGUGGAAAACCUGAUAGGGUUGUGGAAUGUAUCAAGAUUAUCUUGGAUCUUAUUUCUGAGUCUCCAAUUAAAGGACGGGCCCAGCCUUAUGAUCCCAAUUUCUAUGAUGAAACAUAUGACUACGGUGGCUUCACAAUGAUGUUUGAUGAUAGAAGGGGGCGUCCAGUUGGCUUUCCAAUGCGUGGAAGAGGAGGCUUUGAUCGAAUGCCUCCUGGUCGUGGUGGACGACCUAUGCCUCCAUCAAGAAGAGACUAUGAUGAUAUGAGCCCUCGCAGAGGACCUCCACCACCUCCACCAGGUCGUGGUGGCCGAGGUGGCAGCAGAGCUCGUAAUCUUCCUCUUCCUCCUCCACCACCUCCUCGUGGCGGAGAUCUUAUGUCUUAUGACAGAAGGGGUAGACCUGGAGACCGUUAUGAUGGAAUGAUGAUGCAGUGUCAUGUGGAUGCCUGUGAGGACAUGCAGCCACCAGAGCUGUUUGAGGGUGGCUCUGGAUAUGACUACUCUUAUGCAGGGGGCCGUGGUUCAUAUGGAGAUCUUGGCGGACCCAUCAUCACAACACAAGUAACAAUUCCCAAAGAUUUGGCAGGAUCUAUUAUUGGAAAGGGAGGCCAGAGAAUCAAACAAAUACGUCAUGAGUCAGGAGCUUCAAUCAAAAUUGAUGAACCACUAGAAGGCUCAGAAGAUCGAAUAAUAACUAUUACGGGAACACAGGACCAGAUACAAAAUGCACAGUAUUUACUGCAAAACAGUGUGAAGCAGUAUUCUGGAAAGUUUUUCUAAGACUAUUGAAGAACUGAAGGAGUCCUGCACCUUUUUAAAUUUUUUUUUAAAUACCUGCUUCUGUUUAAAAAGCCAACAUUCCUCUGCUUCAUAGGUGUUCUGCAUUUGAGGUGUAAUGGAAUCUGCUGUUCACCAAAUAUGUUUUAGUUCCUUGCAAAUAUUUGGGGGGAGGGAAAGGGCACAUGAGAUUAACUUUGAAAUUUUGAAACAGCAGCAGAGUGGAUUUUUUGUUCAUUGUUGGUGGUAAAAUGUAAAGCUCUUUUCUGUAACUGUUGUGAAUGCCCUGCUUUAUGUAGACUUUUUUGUUGUUUUGGUUGUUUUCGAAGGGGGGAGAAGACUGGUAGUCAACAUGUCCCUGGCAUCCUUUUGAGAGCAGCGUGCAGAAUGUAAUGCUCUUUUGUAAGAAAUGUUUUUUAAAUAAAUUUAGUGAACCUA